CUACUUGGAGCAGCCCAAAGGAAAAAAGUUUGCUAUGGUGACCUUGGGUGCUUUUCUGACUCUGAGCCCUGGGCUGGGACUGUCAUCAGGCCCCUAAAAAUUCUCCCCUGGAGCCCUGAGAAAAUCGACACUCAUUUCUUGCUCUACACCAAUGAAAACCCAAACAACUUUCAGAUUUUCUACCUCUCUAAUCCAUCAACAACUGAGGCCUCAAAUUUUCAAAUAACCAAGAAGACCUGAUUCAUCAUCCGUGGCUUCAUAGACAAGAGAGAUGAGAGCUGGGUGACAGACAUGUGCAAAGCCAUGUUCGAGGUGGAGGAGAUGAACUGCAUCUGCGUGAACUGGAAGAAGGGCUCUCAAACCAGCUACACUCAGGCUGCCCACAACGUGCGGGUAGUGGGCGCCCAGUGGAUACUCAACAACCUCUUGACAAACUACAGCUACUCACUUUCCAACAUCCAUCUCAUUGGCCACAGCCUAGGAGCUCAUGUGGCUGGAGGUGGGAACAGGACUCCAGGCCAGGGCAGAAUUACUGGACUGGAUCCCGUAGAAGCAAGUUUCAAGAGCACUCCUGAAGAGGUCUGACUUGAUCCUUCAGAUGAUGACCUGGUUGAUAUCAUUCACACAGAUUCAGCUCCCCUGACCCCCUUCUUGGUUUUUGGAACACGCCAACUGACUGGUCUCCUUGACUUCCCCAAUGGAGGUCAGACCACGCCAGGCUGUCAGAAGAAUUCCUUGUCACAGAUCGUGGACCUAUAUGGCAUCUGGUCAGGUAAAACCAUGGACUUUGUGGCUUGCAACCAUCUAAGAAGCUACAAUUACCACUUGGACAGCAUCCUCAACCCUGAUGGGUUCACUGCAUACCCCUAAUCCUACAAGGACUUCGAGUCUAACAAGUACUUCCCCUGUCCAGAUGAAGGGUGCCCACAGAUGGGUCACUAUGCUAGUAAGUUUGGUAAGACAGGUGAAAAGCAGCAGAAAUUCUUCUUGAGCACAGAAGACACCAAGAAUUUUGUGCGCUGGAGAUUUGGAGUUUUCAUAAAGCGUUAUGGAAAAAUGGUCACCGGUCAGGUCAAAAUUGUUUUGUUUGGAAAUAAAGGAAACACUUGCCAGCAUGAAAUCUUCAGGAUCAUCAAGCCAGGCUCUACCAGCUUUGAUGCAGAGCUUAACGUUGGGGUGAUUGAGAAAGUCAAGUUACUGUGGAAUAACAAUGUGAUAAACCCAACUUUCCCCAAAGUGGAUGCAACCAAGAUCACAGUGCAACAGGGACAGGAAUAGACAGUGUACAACUUCUGCAGUGAAGAUGUCAGAGAAGACAUUCUGCUCAUCCUUUUGCCCUGUGAAGCUCCAAACACAAUAUGA